CGUGUUUUGUGACCAUGAAGAUGCCAAUGAAAAUAUUUUCGGUAUAUAUUCGUAAUAAUUGAGCGGACAGUGUUCGUGUAAAUCAGUAAGCAAUAGCGGUGGUUUUUUUCUGCUUAUCUUGCCCAUCCUCUCUGAUUCAAAUCAAUUGAUGGAAAUAUGAGCCGGUGACCAUCCAUUUAGUCUGUGUUUGCUAUUCGUCAGGUUCAAGAACACGUCUAUUGGUGCACAUAAAUUUCAAUUUGUCUCUCCAUGUGCCGUAUACAAUUUAAUUAGCAUUGUGAGUAGCAAUUUUUUCCACUCGCGCGAUAAAUUAUGACUUGUGGACAAAUAGAGAAAUUGGCCUAGAGUGGCACUCCAGUGAAUAAGCGAAGUAUAAAUCCAACAAACCGAUCGGAAAAUUGUACAAUGUGGUGGUUUCGUGUUAAAUAACGCGUUUUUAUAUCAUGAGUUCGCGCGGGAAACGAAAUGCAGAGAAUCCCAACAUAGCGACCAACAGGCGGCAAAAUAACGUGUCUGGCUAGUUGUGCUCGAGAGUUUGGACAGUGUGGUUCAAUUCAACUGAACUAAGUUACUCUUCAUUUCACUGAGAAUAACCCGCAGAAACAUUUAAUUUGAAAGAUCCUUUCACAUGGAUCUUUAUCCUCUCGCUUGGUACAUCAAUUCUAUCAACACUCUCGCACGUUUGCAUUUUUCAACCUCAAAAUAUCAACUGAGGUGUCUUGUGCAAAUAUUACUUGGGAGUUGAGUUGAAGAAUUUGGCUCGAGUCUAUUGAACUUUAGUGAAGAUUUAGUUAGUGUGAGAGAAGACUAUAACUUUGGUGAAACACUUAGAACUCAAAAAAAUUUUUUGAUAGAUUAGAAUUUAUACAUUGUACAGUAACAAUCACUAGAGUGAAAAAUGAUAAAGUGUUAUUCAGCGAUAAGCUCUUAAUUUAUUGGUUUUUGCUUAUUCAAUUGGACAAAGGCAUCUAAAGACAAGGAAGCAACACAAAUAGAGUGCGACAUUGCCAAACACGAAGAAGAACAAAGUAGAUAUUUUUUUCUGUUAGAUUAGUGAGAGGAGUGUUUGUUGGUAUAAGGAAUUUCGAGGAGAACCUGUAAAAAUGACCAAAGGGGAACUUCUGCAGGAGAAUGGUGCGGCAUUUGGGAAUGGUGAGGUAAGACUUUCCAAUGGUUCCCUCGGCAACGACCGGUACAACAAGCAACCAAAGGUGGUGCCUGCUGGUGCGUGUGGGCCGAAAGAGCGGCCGGCAUCGUUGGAAAUGAAAGAACCACCGGAUGGCGGAACACGUGCCUGGCUCAUUGUGAUCAGUUCAUUCUUCUGCAAUGGCAUCAUCUUUGGCGUCAUUAACACCUACAGUGUCAUCUACGUGCGCCUCCAGGAAGAGCUGAAAGCGCGUGGUGAUCCCGAAGCAAGCAGUAAAUCUGCACUUGUGGGAUCCCUAACAAUUGGUGCCACAUUCCUACUUUCUCCAGUGGCUGGAAUUCUCACUGAUAAGAUUGGACUUCGUCGGACGGCCAUUCUUGGAGGAAUUCUCACCUCAUGCGGUCUGCUGCUAUCGUCUUUUGUUACAAAAAACAUCAACGCUUUGUACCUCACAUAUGGCAUUAUGUAUGGAUUCGGAGCAGCUCUCACUUACACCCCUUCCCUAUCUAUUCUGGGUCACUACUUCAAACGUUACCUGGGCAAAGUAAAUGGCUUUGUGACAGCAGGAUCAAGUGUCUUCACAGCCAUCAUGCCCUUCCUGAUAAACUGGCUAAUAUCUUCAUAUGGUCUCAGUGCUGCACUUCGCGUUGAGGCUGGUAUCUCCAGUCUCAUUAUAUUAUGUGCUCUCCUGUACACUCCCAUUAGUCCCAAGGUUUCCCAACCACAGCGAGUGCGAACGGAACAAUCUCCAGUCAGGAGAACUAUGCAAAGUCUCGUAAAUGUAGACAAUUGGAAGAAGAAGCGCUAUGUCAUCUGGGCUCUGUCCAUUCCAGUAGCUCUCUUUGGAUAUUUCGUGCCAUAUGUUCACAUGUCCAAAUUCAUUACUGUGGCCUUUUCUGGGAAUGAUAUCAAUCUGCCUGUGAUGUGUUUGGGAAUCUCAUCGGGUGUUGGACGUCUUGUGUUUGGCUUUAUUGCUGACUUACCGAGAAUCAAUAGAAUUUUGCUUCAGCAAGUAUCCUUCUGCUUCAUCGGUAUCAUGACAAUGUUCCUGCCCAUGACGAGUUCAUACAUUCUAUUGCUGGCGUUUGUUCUCGCAAUGGGACUCUUCGAUGGAUGCUUCAUCUCACUCAUUGGGCCGAUUUCCUUUGACAUCUGUGGCCCAAAAGGGGCUUCUCAGGCCAUUGGAUUCCUCCUUGGACUUUGCUCCUUUCCCCUCACACUGGGACCUCCAAUUGCUGGUAUGCUCUAUGAUCAUACUGGUUCCUACACACUGCCAUUCAUUCUGGCGGGCAUUCCACCGCUGGUCGGUGCUACCACAAUGCUCCUCAUUCGAUGUGUCAAAGAUGAGAGCGUUGGUACAGAGAUGCAUGACAAGGAUCCUGUUCAAUAUCCAUUGGCAAAGACUGCCUGGGAUGAAGAACGACCAUUUGAGGACAGAACAUUCUGCAAUGGAAGAGUUCCGCAUACGCUGGAAAGGAAAGCAUCACUCGCGAGUGCAGAAUCAUUGAAUGAUGUCACCAAUACUUGAAUAUUUAGCAUGGACGUCGAAAGAGAGAUUAAAUGACUAAAAGUAGGUUAAAGAAUUAGUAAAAUAAUUUAAUACACAGGACACUUACUGAUUUGCAUAUUGCUGUUAAAAGAAAAUUACAAAUAUUUUGACGAGGAUUUAUAGAAAUUCCUUGAAAUAUCCUUUUUGUAAUAGUACUUCAAAGUUAUCACUUAUUAUUAAUUAAUAGCAUUAUGAAAUUAGGGGUAAAUUUGAUAUAGGUGUAGUUGGUAAAGGCGCCAAUUACAGAUUAAUGUGGUGACCCAAAGCUAGAUGGCAGCACUUUUCGCUGGGAUGUUAAAUUCAAAUAGUCAAGACUGUUUGUCAUGUAGCACUUAGAAACUUGGAAAUAUUUUUUUUAAUAAUAAAAUAAACAUUCAGACUAUUGAUGAUCAGCACUGCUAUAUAUAUUUUGUUUAAGAUAUAUGUUGAGUACAAGAUAACCUCUCUAAGCUGUUGACAUAUUAUGUAAACGUAAACUAUAGAGGAGGAAAAAGUCAAAUAAAUGUCUGUUAAUUAUA